AUGUCGUCAAUUCUGUUAACGGAGGAGAAUAUUUCCCAGAUACCUAUCAGUUCACCGCAACGCGAGGCACUGAACUUGAGUAUCGCGGCGGAACUUCGUGCUAACUUUGACUAUGAUUUCGAGAAGUUUUGGCAAUGGUCGGGUGUAGUGAAGAACGACACUAGCCCGGUUGUGUUGGCUGCAAAGCUGACUGGGGCCUAUCACAGUCUAGAAAAGGGCUUAACACUCGAAGAACCUCGCGCGUUGUUCGGACGGUCAAAAGUCAAAUUCAUUAUACGCGCUGUUAGGGCGCUCGAGAAGAUCGGGUACACUAGUGUUGCGACCCGCGGUGGCCGUGGCACCAUCCAAGACUAUAUGCGGUUUCACAAGGAGCAUCAUUACAGCUUGCCUGCGGAUUAUGAAAAGGAACUUCGCGACUUCGUUAGCGAGAGAGAUGGGUUGUUCCCCGGUGGCGCCGUGUUAUUGACCAAGAAAGAGGUCCAAAACGCAACCGCCUUCGACUACACUCGAUUUGUGCAGACUCGACACAGCAUCCGCCAUUACACAGGCGAGAGUGUCUCUCCCGAACAGAUUAAGCUGGCCGUUUCCCGCGCGAUUCACACUCCCCGAGCUGUAAAUCGUGAGACGAGGCGCGUCUAUGUUGCAUACGACACUGUGCUGCGAAACCACGUUCUAAAAUAUCAGCAUGGAAACAUUGGAUUUGGUCACAAACUUGGCGCAGUUCUGAUAAUCACUACUGACAUUCGUGAGUUUGACAUCAUUGGCGAGCGCAACCAGGCUUGGAUCGACGGUGGGCUCUUUGCUAUGGGACUGAACUUCGCAUUACACGCCGACAAUUUGGGUACGUGCAUGCUGAACUGGUCUGCGGACAAGGAGCAGGAUCAGGCUUUACGCUCUGCAUUUGAGAUUCCUGAAUACGAAGUGAUUAUCACCAUGUUGGGAGUCGGUAGUCUCCCGGAAUCUCUGCGCGUGGCGGCAUCGCCUGCUCCCGUAGCAGAUGAUAUCCUUUCUGUUAUUAAACCGCGAUUUGGGUUAGAAGCGAUGCCGCCGGCUGGUCGCCGUUAG